AUGAAAAUAAAUCCAAAAAAGAGAUAUAAUAAAGUAUCUUAGAAUAAUAGGAAAACAUAUGAUGAGAUGGAUAAAGAAAAAGAUACAUUUAAAUUCAAUUAGAUUACUCUAUUAGUAGUAGAGAAUAUGAAUUUAUAACCAGGAAUUGUAAUAAUUCAAGAAGGGAAAAUAAAAGUGGAAACUAAACUAAAUACUGUAGAUUUAUAAAAUAUGAAUAAUCUUGCAUUAAGAAUGACAAGAUAUGAAUAUAUUAGUCUUACUUAACAAAUCAAUUCAACAAUUAAUCACAAAAUUUAAAUAAAGGUAAAUGUUAAAUCAAUAAAAUAAAUUGAUAAAGAUAAGGGAUUUAAUUAUGAUAGAUUUAAAAGAUUUAGCCAAUAAAUGAAUAAUUACGGGGAGUUAUAAAGUAAACUUAAAUCAUGAGCUUCUGAAAAAUUGCCAAAAGUCACAUUAUAAUAAUAAAAUUCUAAAAGUUCUUAAGAAAAUACAUCAAAAAAAGUCAAAAAUCCUGUUGAUUAAUUUAAUUUAUAAUUAUAUAAAAAUAAUGUAGUUGGCAGAUAUUAGCAAAAUGAGAUUGGAUUUAAUUAUAAAAAAUUAAAAACAAAAAAAGUCAAUUUAAGGUAUCUGAUAUAUUCAUCUUACAGAUUUUAAAUCAUCAAUAGGUUCAAGAAGAAAUAGGCCUAGAGAAAGAAAAAUGA